GACAUUUCGUCAUGCGCGUGCGCAAACGUCACCAUCCGGUUGCGCGGGUAAAGGGAGAGCUUUAUCUUCUCAAGUUAACUACUAAACACAUUGUUAACCCACCCACCUGGGAGACCAUUAUAUAUCGAUUAAACUUUAUUAAUAGAGCACUUCGGCGUUCCUUCAUUCGUCCGUCCGAGCGGGAGUUGUGCGGCCUGACACGGCUUAGCUUUAGAGCUAACGGCUAACUGGGAUUGUUUGGGACCAGGAGCAAAUUUAAGAGUCGUCCAAUAAAGCUACUGAGAGGACACAACUCAAGAGGAAAGUUGAUUUGCAGUCAACCCUCGAUGUUCGCGGAUGUUGGGACCAAGACCCGCAGCGAAAAUCAAGAGAUUCGCACCAGGAGCAAGAAGGACAGAAGAAGAUCAUGCCAGAUUCAGACGCCGAGGUGCCAGACCCAACCAAGUCGAGUGGUAAGGGGAAGGGCAAGGGGAAGAGAGAGGAGCCGCUGUCCCUGGACGACUGUUUGUGUCCAGUGUGUUUGGAUUUGUUUCUUGAGCCGGUGACGCUUCCUUGCAUGCACACCUUCUGCAAGGCUUGCUUCUUGGAAUCCGUGGACAAGAACGCGUUGUGCUGUCCCAUGUGCAGGAAGCGUGUGUCCUCAUGGGUUCGGCUGAACAACAGGAACAAGACUCUGGUCAACCAGCAGUUGUGGACACAGAUCCAGCUCAGCUUCCCGCAGCGCUGCCAACGACGCCUCGGCGGGCAGGAUGCCGUCAAUGAUGACGACUUGACGGACACCUUGUCUUUUUUGUGUGUGUCUGUCCGUGUUUGUAUGUGUGUGUUAGUUUUUUCCCCCAGAACAAGUCAGCCUGGUGAGCUGAGACAAGAAUAUCAGGAGCAGAUCAACAAAUUGUCUGAGGAGAAGCGCGAGCUAGAAGAGGAGGAGCAGCGUGCCAGCGAGGAGUACAUCCACAAACUCCUGGCCGAGGAGGAGGAGAUCCUUCAGGAAGAGCGGAAGAGGAGCACGGAAGAUGAGCAGCUGGCCAAGGUGCUCAACAAAGAGCUGAACACCGCUCCCGUCUCCCCUGACAACCGUCAUUGUGCUCACAUCACUCCGGCCAAGAAGAAAGUCAACACGGCGGGAUACAUUGAAAAGUUCUUGUGUCGACUUCCGUCCAAGUCCAGCCCGUCAGAGUGCAGCUCGACCUCCACUUUGAUUUCUAACAAGGAGAAUAUUCGUCUCUCCCAUGGGCAGCAUCUCCCUCAAGCGGACCUAUACAGGACUCAGCUGGACCAACCGGAACCACCUUGUCCCGGCCCGGCUUCGUCCCUGGAGGCGCGACACUGCCGAAUCCGUCACGCUGACGCAGGAACGUCGAAGAGGAAGAGCUCUGAACCUGCCGACGAAGAGGAGGCAAAGCGAGCACGCCUCCAUUUGCCCUCGUCAUCUUUUUCGGCUCCGCCCCUAGAGGACGCUUUGGUGUUACAAGCGGAACUGGAAGCCCAGCUGGAGCGGCGCCGUCAGCAGGAGGAGGCUGACCGGCAGAUGGCACUGCUCCUGCAAGAGAAGCUCGACCAAGAGGAGAGGCAGCAGCAAACUGACCGCAGAAAAGGCACAAUAGACGCGUAUCUGCUCAGGCGGGUAGGCCCCGACACCCACAGGAGAAACUCCAGGACUAGUACAACCUCCCCCUUAUCACUGUCUACCUCGUCGUCGUCAUCGUCGUCGUCCUCUUCCUCCUCAGAAGUGUCCACCUCCUCCUCUCAAAAUGAUAGCAGCAGACAGUCCAACCUCACUGACAUGUUUUCGGACCUGGGCAGCUGAAGCCCCUCAAAAGGAGACCCUCAACCGAGUCUGGGGUCCUGUGUGGCCCUCACCCCACAAUGGGAUCUAAAAGCUGCUGAAAGAGACCGAUUUGAGCCUUAAUAAAGCAAACCCACGUGUUUUUGCAGUGCGGCAUUCGCAAGUUCACCUCUUAGAGGGGAAGCUGAGCCAUGUUUAAAAAGAAAAUAUUGUUUUGUCACCAAUUUAUGGCAUUUACAGUGAACCCCAACAUAUUCAGUUUGGCACUUGCAAAUAUGCAUUGCCACAUUUUUGGGGAGGAACCUAUCUAAUGUUGACUGAAAAACUUAUUUGCUAUUUUUGUGUUCAGACCAAAAAUAUGCCCAAUGUCACUUCGCUAUGUUUGCUUGUGACAUCACUUCCUGGUUUGGACGCUGCUACUAUAGAUUUGUAAUUAAAGAGUUGUUGAAAAGUC